GAAUAUGUUGCGAUUUAUUAAAUGAUAAAACUUUUCCCAAAUGUGGGAUAUACUUAUAGUUUACACUCGAUGUAAACUAAGAAAGCCAUGAAAUCCAGCAUGUAUAAAAUCACAAAUCACAACGAUGCACCACAAAAAGUGAAUAAUUAAACAAUAACAUACCUGAACACUCACAAAUCAGACGCAACCAAAUUGAUUUUUUCCAAAACCCAAAAAUGCAAAUCAUAUCAUCGGAAACAGCGAUUCAGCUAGCUAUUCUAGCUCUAACCUUAGCAAUCUUCUACGUCAUCUACAAACUUCCGAAAAAAGCCUUCUCGAAGCUUCGAUCCAACAACCGCGCCGCCUCCCAAUCAAGCCGCCACUUCCUAACCGGCGCUCAACUCCUCAGCCGCGCUAGAUCAGCUCGCCACCGCGCCACAGCCGAAUCCUUAGCCAAAGACGCAAUCGCAGAAGCUGACCGCGCAAUUUCUCUCCUCCCGCGUGACGCCGCCGCGCUGAUUCUUCGAGCCUUGGCGCUCGACGUCCUCGGCCGCCGUACGUCGGCGCUCCGAUCACUCGACGCCGCGCUCUCGCCGCCGGCGGUGAAAUCACUGUUAGGGAGAGAGAAAGGAGAUGCACUGGUGAAGCGAGCCGAGUUACAGUUGGCGGUGAAUCGGCGGAGAAGAGUUGACUCGGCCUUAUCGGACCUUGUUGAAGCGGUGAGUCUGACUCAGGAUAAUCCAAAGGGGUUUUGUUUAUUGGGCCAGUGUUAUGAGAUUAAAGGGAUGAAAGAUGAGGCUCGUGAGGCCUUUCGCGAGGCCCUAAAGAUUGAGCCCGAGUCCACUCUGGCCCGUGAAGGUUUGGGCCGAUUGAAUUCAUCGACAUGAUCCAGUUGUUAUCUAUCAAUGUUACGUUGGCCUUGUUGUUGUAAUUUAUUUUGUUAAAUUUUCUAAGAAAUGCUAUGUACUCUGUAUGUUAUUCAGCUCAUUUUUGUCUUAUAACCAUUUCUUGUUUCUUUUGAUAACUGGACUAGAAUUCUACGGAGUAGAAAGCAACGUAGUGUGAUGUAAAGGAGAUUUAAUCCGUGAUAUUGAUAUUUCCUUAGAACCUUAUUUGCA